AUGAAUGGUGAAAACAAGUGACAUCGUGUAAAUAUCGUAAAUCCAAAGAAAAAAAAAAAACGCGAGGAGAAACAUUGAAUCUUUCGUUUCUGGUUUGCUCCUCCAUUUGCGCAGUUGUGAAAGACGUGGGCACGAGGCGAUAACCAGUGGAACGAAGAGAAAGAAUGGAACGGAAAAGAAAGGUGUGUUUCAUUACGGAACCACCCAGCCAGACUCAUCAGUAGAACUUCUGCUGGCGACCUCUGAGUCUCGAGCUGCACGGGACGUUAGAGUGUGUAGGAAGAGAAAUUGGAGUGACUACUAGCGACAUAGUUGUUAGACAUCUGGCGGUGGCGGGCUGAACUGCUGCCACUCGCUCGGUCCACGCACGUUCAGGAGAUGUGACAAGCGUUUCGCAGUGCAACAUCAUCGAGGAAUUUGUUCACAAUUAAUGAGCAGGUUGUUUAUCAAUUUUUGUAAAUAAGUUUUCACUCCUUGUUCGAGAAACGUAGGGUUUUCAGUAAUUGUGUUGAAUUCAUUGUACCCUCCCGGAACAUAAUUCGUAUAACCUUCAUUAACAUUUCGGUACUGAUAGAAAUAGGUUUUGUACUCGUUUAUUAUAUACUUAACUACCGUGCUAUAUGAGUGAGAGAAAUUUCGAACUUUUAGCAGUAAAAGCAAAAGAAUAUCUUUGUUCGAAGAAAUUCGCGCGACAUUUUCACAUAUUGCGAAAAAUUAUUGUUGGUUUGUUGAAAUUUACCCAGUCUUUUCCUAACGUGACAAAUUGUGCAGUCAAAUCAGAAUUCUCUUGUUAGAUAAUCUAACAGACUAUUGCAUGCCAUAUGUGAAUUGAAGAUGUAACUUGAAAAUUUGUCACAUGUAACAUUAACAAAAAGUAAAUAUUGUCACAGCUAUGAAUCAAUAAUAAGGAAUGUAUUUUGUGUUUACAGAAUUAACAACUGCUGUUAUGUCUGCAAAUACUCAAUUUGCAAAUCCCCCGCCGGCCAUAAGUUUACCUAAUAUGUCUGUGCCACCUCCUACUACUCCAAAUUUGUCAGCUCCACCACCCAACUUAACUACCAUAAACACGUCUGGAAGUUACCAACAUCGAUACACUAACCACAGAGAUGGAGCAAGGGGUUUCUUUAAACCAUUCAGACCUUAUCAUGCACCCAAAAUUGUUGCUGCUGGUCAAGAUACACUACAAGAUGAAUUUGAUGGGAAAAGACUUAGAAAAUCUGUUAUGCGCAAAACUGUGGACUACAAUUCUGCUAUUAUAAAGAGUUUGGAGAAUCGAGUAUGGCAGAGGGAUUAUAGAGAUAGACGUGCCCUUCAACCAGAUGUGAUGUAUUAUCCUGAUCUACUUCCACCACCCAGUUAUGUUGAUAAUCCUAUAAAUGCAGUUACUACAAGAUUUGUAAAGACUGCAACAAAUAAAAUGCGUUGUCCUAUAUUUUGUAUGGCUUGGACACCAGAGGGAAGGCGUCUUGUUACUGGUGCAUCCAGUGGAGAAUUCACCUUAUGGAAUGGUCUUACUUUUAAUUUUGAAACUAUUCUACAGGCACAUGAUAGUCCAGUGAGAACAAUGGUAUGGUCACACAAUGAGAGUUGGAUGGUCACGGGAGAUCAUGCAGGCUAUGUGAAGUAUUGGCAGAGCAAUAUGAACAACGUCAAGAUGUUUCAGGCGCACAAAGAAGCGAUUAGAGGACUCAGGUAUACCAUCCACCACACUAGUCCUUACGUCUCUUGCGCCACUGUUAUCGAUGAUCCGUCCAUCCUUGCUGUAGUUAAGAUAUUGGACAUGACUCUCAUUCUCUUCCUUUUCUGGAUUUACAACACUUUUAUUUUCAAAACAUUAAUUCUUGUAUGGGUACACAGUAAGUCUUGGAAAAAAAAAAACAAAACAUAUAGGAAAAAAGAAAUUAGGUCCUUAUGGCUCAUAGUUUAUGGAAUUUAUAUGGUCAGAUCAUUGGGCAAGAUGUGUAUAUUUAGAAUGAAGAAUAAACAAACAAGAAAUAUACAGCAAUACCUAGUCGAGAUUCCCAUGGAAUUAUAA